CCCGAUGGCGGCGGCGGCGGCGAUAACCCGGUGACCGUACCCUUCCCUCACCUCCUCCUCUGCCGGCGACGCUUCUCCGACGAAGUGAAGGGUUCCUUCCUCGACAAAGACGAGGUCACCGAACGAGUCGUCUCCGUCGUUAAGAACUUCCGAGAGGUUGAUCGAUCCAAGGUCACACCAACUGCUCAUUUCCAGGAUGACCUUGGCCUUGACAGUUUGGAUGCUGUAGAAAUUGUCAUGGCUCUGGAGGAAGAAUUUGGGUUUGAGAUACCUGACAAUGAAGCAGACAAGAUCAACUCUGUCGACAUGGCAGUCGACUUCAUCGCCUCUCAUCCCCAGGCAAAAUGAGAGAAGUCAUAUGUUCUUUUACUUUUUUCGUUCUCUUU